AUGAGAGGGAAAAUCUCUCUGUCAGAUCCCAUUGAAAUCUCCAUUUUGGGCACUGCUGCUCCACUGCUGCUAAGAUUGCGUCAACAGUCUCGGGAGGGAGCCCGCAGACGGUGCUCUUCAGAUGGGAGCAUAGGAUUUGCAACAUGGGGCCCAAGAGAGACAAGGAGCACAGCAAUGGGAAAGGAAAGCAGAAAGCCUCAGCACCCUUGCCACAUUCAAAGCUGGUCCUUCCAUCGUCCCACUGCAGCGAGCAAAGCCAACACUGGGCAACCCUCUAAAAUGUUUAUUUGGACCAGUGGCCGGAGCUCUACAUCUUACAGACAUGAUGAGAAAAGAAAUAUUUACCAAAAAAUCAGGGAUCACGAUCUACUGGACAAAAGGAAAACAGUCACAGCCCUAAAAGCUGGAGAAGACCGGGCCAUACUCCUCGGGCUGGCCAUGAUGGUGUGUUCUAUCAUGAUGUACUUUCUCCUGGGAAUCACCCUGCUGCGGUCUUACAUGCAAAGUGUCUGGACAGAAGAGGCUCAGUGCUCGCUUCUCAAUGCAUCCAUCACAGAAACCUUCAACUGCUCAUUUAGCUGCGGUCCAGACUGCUGGAAAAUCUCUCAGUAUCCCUGCCUCCAGGUGUACGUUAAUCUCACCUCUUCUGGCCAGAAGCUUCUGCUGUACCACACCGAGGAAACAAUGAAAAUUAAUUCUGAGUGUUCAUACAUACCCAAGUGCAGCAAGAAUUACGAGGAAUCCAUGUCGCUGGUGAACGUCGUGAUGGAAAACUUCCGAAAGUACCAACGCUUCUCCUGCUUCUAUGACCCCGAAGGCGUUCAGAAGAACGUGAUAUUAACCAAACUGUACAGCUCCAAUGUGCUGUUCCACUCCCUCUUCUGGCCCACCUGCGUGAUGAUCGGCGGGGUCGCCAUCGUUGCGAUGGUAAAGCUGACUCAGUACCUUUCCCUCCUCUGUGAGAGAAUCCAAAGGAUCAACAGAUAAAAAUGAAAACUCCUCUGAGAUAUAAUCACAGCGAAAAUACUGUUUUCUCAUUCUUCACCAAAGAACCUUAAGUUUGUAAUGUGCAAGUCUGUUAUAAGUUCCUUACUAUAUUCUUAUAAGUAGAGCAAUAAUGCAAAAGCUGUUCUAUAUGCAAACAUGAUGUUAUUAUUAUGCAGACAACUGAAAAAAAUACUGUUUUGUGUUGAUCGUCUAUAUGAUCUUGUUUUAUGCUGAGACUCGUACUUCUUUCUUUUCUACAGCCAGAAUAGGGCUCAGUGUGACCAUUUGCCAAGCUUAGUAAAUUGACAUUUUCAAUGUAAAGGAUUCUGGGGGAAAUUCACUGCUGGACAAAGGGCAGCCAACCACGUGCGCAUCCCUGAGAUCUCACAUCUGGCUCAGUCCAUUCAAUGGAUUUGUGGCUUUGCUUUUUUAUUAUUGGGGAUUAUUUUAUUUUGGGGGGCAAAAAAAGCAUUGAUAGGGUUUUUUUAUGGUAAGAUGGCUCAAAAGGGAUGUAUUUUGAGGCCAGGAUAAGCUUACAGUAUUUUCAGCCUAAGUAGGACUUGGUGAUACUUUGCGUUUGCUCCCCCAGUUCAGAAGUAAAUUUUACCCUAUGGUGUUUAAGGUCUUUUGGAAAACACUUUGGAGUUUUAUUCUGUUUAGCACUAUAAUUUCCUUCUGUCUUAUCAAGAUCAUCUUUGUCACUGACAGAAACUGUAGCCAAAACACAGAAAUCACCUUGUUCCAUUUUCUAUUCUAGUCUGAGCCCUAUUGAUGGAGAUGGGACCAGAACACCUUAUAUAAAGGUUUAUUACUCAUUUGUCUUGUAUUUGCUACCAUAUCACUGUAAAGAAAAAAAUAACACAAUCAGCUAUUUUUUCAUUUUUUA